CAGCUCAGAGCGAGUUGGAUUUUCCUUUGGGAAGCGUCGUCGCGUUCCAUUCAACCUUGCUUCGUCCUGCGAGUGUGUUGAUAUAGAUAUAGGAACUUUUACAUUCGUUUUGUUCUAGUUCUCGGAAAUGCGUACGACGAGUGAAAAUCGAAUCCGCGACUGACAAUGUCCUCCAGGUUAAGGCCAUAGUAAAUUCAACAAUCGCAAAGCUGUUUCUCAGAGCUGCUGAUUCAUCGAUCAAGUAUUGCAUAUAGUUCGUGCCAGUGCUUUUCGUCCAUCACAAAGAAAAUGAAAUGUAUAUUUUUGUUUACCAAGGAGAAUAAUGUUUUAGUGUAAAUUAAGUCGUGGAAAAGUUCAUUAGCUAAAAAGUGUUAGAAAGAGUAAAUUACGUGUCAGUACAUAUAUUUUAUCUAACGAGCUAGCGCUCCUGGUGAAAAUUGAUCAAUAUUAAGUGUUAGUUUGAAACAGAAAUUCGUCGUCUGUUAGCAGCUAAAGGAUUGAAAAUGGUGCAAAAAUAUGAGUCUUCUGUGCGGAUAUAUAAAUAUCCCUUCGAAUUGGUCAUGGCUGCCUACGAACGACGGUUUCCCACCUGCCCCCAAAUGCCCAUUGUGUUGGACUGUGAAGUAAUCGAGGAUACAAUCACUGAUAACGGAGCCAAACGGGAAACGAAACGACGCUGCAAGUUGGCAGUCGAUGCUCCGUACCUAUUCAAGAAGAUCAUCGGCGUCGACGUGGUUUUCUUCAUCCAGAAAAAUUUUCUUGAUCUGAGAGCCCGCACUCUGAACAUCGAAGCCGUCAACGAAACAUAUUCCUCGCGAAUCGAAAUCUUCGAGAAAUGCCGCUACUAUGCUCACCCGGAAAACCCGGACUGGACUUGUUUCGACCAAACGGCCACGCUGGACAUAAAGAACUUUUUCGGCUUCGAGCACUCGAUGGAAAAAAUGGGCAUGAAACAGUAUUCGCAGACGACUCAGAAAGGAAAAGAGAUUAUCGAGUGCUUCAUCAACGAACUGCAAAAAGAAGGGAUUACCUUUGUCGAGAAAUGGAAAGAAGAUGAAUCGGCUGAACCAGCCGCUACCGCAACAACAGCGGUAUCGAAUUCCAGCAGCAAACCGCCCCUGUCGCGUGACAAUAGUAUUUUAGACGCCGACUACAUUGCCAAACAUCUGGGUCACUUAUCACCCAUGCAGGAAUCCCAGCUCGUUCAGUUUCGCAAAAAGAUGGAAGAUUCCACCGAUCACAAUGCUCCAGACUUUCAGACAUUGUUGCGGUUCCUGCGGGCACGUGACUUCAACAUCGAAAAAGCGGCCAGCAUGUUGCAGGAAUCGUUACAAUGGCGCGAGGAACAUCGAAUCGAUCAGAUUCUCAGUGAGUACAAAACGCCACUUGUGGUGGAAAAGUACUUUCCGGGUGGGUGGCAUCAUCAUGACAAAGAUGGUCGGCCCCUCUACAUAUUGAGGCUUGGAAAUAUGGAUGUGAAAGGUUUGCUCAAAUCCGUUGGGGAGGAUGAACUGCUAAAACUGACACUGCACAUUUGCGAGGAAGGACUAAAACUGAUGAAAGAAGCAACGAAUGUUUUCGGGAAGCCAAUCGGAAACUGGUGUCUACUGGUUGAUCUGGAUGGUCUAUCGAUGCGUCACUUGUGGCGGCCCGGUGUCAAAGCUUUGCUAAGGAUAAUCGAAACGGUGGAGAAAAAUUAUCCCGAAACGAUGGGUCGUGUGCUGAUUGUACGGGCCCCGCGUGUAUUUCCAGUACUGUGGACAAUAGUUAGCGCUUUCAUUGAUGAAAAUACUCGGCCAAAGUUCCUGUUCUUUGGUGGUCCUGAUUGUUUGCAUACAGAGGACGGGUUAGAGCAGUACAUACCAACGGAAAAUAUACCUAGUUUCCUAGGCGGAUCGUACAAUCAACCAAGCAUUCCUACGGUGGCGGAACCAGUACCAACCAAACUGUACACGCGCUGCUUUCUCAGCGCGUGCCAUUGUACACUUAUCCACGAGGGAGGCCUGAUACCGAAGCAUUUGUACAAAUCGGAUUCAGUGGAAGAAAACACCGGUGUGCCACAUGGUCACGACCAUCACGGGCUGUACAAAUCGGUAGAUCUCAAACCGGGUCAGAUGUUUGAGCUUGUCAUUAAAAACACUGACCCGAAAUCGGUACUCACGUGGGAUUUUGAUGUGCUCAAAAACGAUCUUCUGUUUGUGUUGUACCGAACAGAUUCGUGGAUUGAACAGGGCUUCAAUGGUGAUUCAUUUUCAUCUGUGUUUGAUGCGGGCGAGUUCAAAGAAGGUGUCAACUACUUCAAGAUUGAAGAUAAAGUGAAAUGUAGUCCGAAAGAGGGUGUACAAGGCUCCCACGAAAUGGCCACCGCCGGUACCUACAUACUGCAAUGGAUGUGUCCACCAUCCUGCGACGGUCCCGCUCAGCUGAUGUAUUUCCACGAAAUCCUGAGUUCGGCCAACUAUAAGGGUUCAAUGACUAGUCUACAGUCAGGGUUCUCCUCCAACAGUCUGCAAUCUCGAUGAGUGGUAACUGAAGAGACUGAGGAUUCCGCCCUGCACGGGGUGAAGUCGGAGCAGCAAAACCCAAUUCCCUAAAAUAGCAAAAUCUUCACGUUGGAAGCAGAAAUUAUUGGAGGCGAAGUUCGUGAAAACACACACACAAACUGCGUAUUGAAGGUUGUAAAAUCGUAAUAAUAAGCAAACAAUCGAAUUCAUGAUUCUUUUAGCGAAGGGAAUGGGAUUUCUCAGUAGUCGUAAGGUAAACCAAUUCAAAUCAAUAUUAUUGUUAGAUGAAAGUAGAAAACGUAGAAUGAAAGUAAUUUAUAAGAUGAUAUGUCCAUACUAAUUGACAAGUAAGACAAUAUCAAAAUCUUAUCGUGGCAAUGUUAUGUAUACUUGUGCAUCUAUGACUGUUUACACGCAAAUCAAGAACAUGGCUUACUGCUAAGCAUAGGACAGCUUGCAAAUUAUUUUUAUACAAUCCGCAACUAUCGAUUUUCCUAUAUAACAAUGUGUUUCAGAUAGAUAAAAGCUAAACUGAUCAAAUACUUUUCUACAAAAAAUAAACAAUUUUCGAGUGAAGUUAAAUCAGAAAUCUACAGAUGGAACAGCUGGUACGAAAAUCAUAUUUUAUAUAUAUUUGAUCCAGACGCAAAAAAAAAACAAUGUACAUUA